CACCCAACAGGUUUCCAUCUCGUCAGUUUAAACUGCUUUUCAGAUUCCCUUUCAGAUUUGCUUACAACCCACGACCGCUACGAGAUACUUCCAUGCCUUGAGGUUGCGCGAGACUGCUUUGGAGUUGCGCUUUGAUUGGUCCUGCAUCUCUUGACAGCUCGGAUUCCGCACCUGUCGCGGCAUCACGAAGUUUGACAGACAGACAGCAGGUUUAAGGCUGACGACGCCGGCGCCGCUGCCCAGGCCCAAACAAGGAGGAAAAGGAGGCUGUGCUUGCAGCUAACACGACAGAAGAGACACGGCAUCACUUUGCCAUUUCUGCCCGUCGUAUCCUUAUCGAUCUCUCGAGACUUCACCUGUGAUUCACUUGUUUGCGCACCUUUCGCCGUCAAUCAAUGCUUUAACGCCCGCACCUAACUGCCUCGCGACCCCGUUGUCCUGCGCAGCGCUGUCCUCCGCAUGGCCGGCCGCCAGCCUCCCGGAGGCUCAACGAGCUCCCGAAAUAACGAUCUUCUGCUUGACUUGGACAAUGAACAACCCGUCUAUCACUCAGGGCAACGGUCUGCCCUAACCGACGACGACCUCCUCAACUCGUACGCCUACGACCAAGAUGGCGCACAACCGCGCACCUCCGUAUCAUACGACGACUUUGUUGGUUCGGGGCAACCAAGACAAGCCCCCGGACGGCCGCACCCCGCCGGUCCCUCAAGUUCCGCACCGCGGCCCGUGGGGCCCUACGGUUCGGAAAUCGACAGACAGUACAGCCAAACAUCAGACCUAGGGAACUAUCAGAGGUAUGCCGACGACUUCGACGACUACCCGGACGACGCCGGGUCGUACUAUCACCAGGGCAGUGCUGCGGCUGGACCCGCGUCGGCAGCGCGAGGGAAUGCGAGGAAUCGAAAUAGCGUUCUGAGCCUGGGCGGCGGGUUUCUCGGCAGGGUAAAGAAUAGGCUGGGAAUGGGCCAGGGGUAUUCAGAGAUGGACCUGCCGCUGACAGAGCCGGGCGCGGGAGGGCGGACAGCAACGGGAUCCGAGCCGCCUCCUCCAAAAGAGAAAAGGUUCGACAUGGGCAACUUCAAGUUUGGCUUCGGCCGCUCGAAGCCUGAUCCAUCAACGCUUGGUCCCCGGAUUAUACAUCUCAACAACCCUCCCGCAAAUAGCGCCAACAAGUACGUGGACAACCACGUAUCCACGGCAAAAUACAACAUCGCGACCUUCCUCCCCAAAUUCCUCUUCGAGCAGUUUUCGAAAUUCGCAAACAUCUUCUUCUUGUUUACCGCCGGCCUACAGCAGAUUCCGGGGCUUUCCCCCACCAACAGAUACACCACUAUAGGGCCGCUUAUCGUCGUGCUGCUGGUCUCGGCAGGCAAGGAGUUGGUGGAGGACUACCGGCGCAAACAAGCCGACAAGGCCCUCAAUUUGUCAAAGGCCAGGGUUUUGCGAGGCUCUUCUUUCACCGAGACGAAAUGGGUCAACGUGGCUGUGGGGGAUAUCGUCCGGGUAGAGUCCGAAGAGCCUUUCCCUGCCGAUCUGGUGCUGCUUGCUAGCUCGGAACCCGAGGGGCUCUGCUAUAUCGAGACGGCCAAUCUUGAUGGAGAGACCAAUCUCAAGAUCAAGCAGGCUUUGCCCGAGACUUCGUCUAUGGUGAGCCCAAGUGAGCUGAGCCGGUUAGGGGGCAGGCUUCGCUCUGAGCAACCAAACAGCAGCCUGUACACAUACGAGGCCACCCUGACCAUGCAGGCUGGCGGGGGAGAAAAGGAGUUGCCCCUAACACCAGAGCAGCUGCUGCUUCGAGGCGCCACUCUACGCAACACUCCCUGGAUCCACGGCGUUGUCGUCUUCACGGGCCACGAGACCAAGCUGAUGCGGAACGCAACUGCAGCGCCUAUCAAGCGGACAAGGGUCGAAAAGAAGCUCAACAUGCUGGUCUUGGCCCUCGUAGGGAUGCUGCUAGUACUCAGCGUCAUUUCGACCGUCGGUGACCUUGUCAUGCGGAGCGUUUCAGGCGAGUCCAUCAAGUAUCUUCGCCUGGAUAGCAUUGAUGGUGCUUCGUCCGUCGCCCGCAUCUUCAUCAAAGACAUGGUCACAUUCUGGGUGCUCUUCUCGUCACUGGUCCCCAUUUCGCUCUUUGUCACGGUCGAGUUGGUCAAGUACUGGCACGGAAUUCUCAUCAAUGACGACUUGGAUAUCUACUACGACGUUACGGACACACCUGCCAACUGCCGGACUUCCAGCUUGGUAGAGGAACUGGGCAUGGUCGAGUACGUCUUCUCGGACAAGACCGGCACGUUAACUUGCAACCAGAUGGAGUUCAAAGCAAGCUCGAUUGCCGGCCUCAUGUAUGCUGAAACAGUUCCUGAGGACCGCAUUCCGACAAUUGAGGAUGGCGUCGAGGUUGGCAUUCACGAUUUCAAACAGCUGCAGACGAAUCUCAACAGCCACCCGACCGCCCAGGCCAUUGAUCACUUCCUUACGUUGCUGGCAACGUGCCACACCGUGAUUCCGGAACAGGACGAGGAUGGUCGGAUCAAGUAUCAGGCCGCCUCCCCUGACGAGGGAGCCCUGGUCGAAGGCGCCGUGAAGCUCGGCUACAAGUUUGUCGCUCGCAAGCCUCGCGCUGUCAUAAUCGAGGUGAAUGGACAGCAGCUCGAGUACGAGCUGUUGGCCGUCUGCGAGUUCAACUCCACCCGGAAGAGGAUGUCCACCAUCUACCGGUGUCCGGACGGCAAGGUUCGCUGCUACUGCAAGGGCGCCGACACUGUUAUCCUGGAGCGCCUCAACGAGAAUAACCCGCAUGUCGAUAUCACGCUGCGCCAUCUUGAAGAAUAUGCAUCCGAAGGGUUACGGACGCUUUGCCUGGCCAUGCGCGAGAUUCCUGAGCACGAGUUCCAGGAGUGGUUCAAGGUCUACGAGAAGGCGCAAACUACGGUUGGUGGUACCCGCGCCGAGGAGCUCGAUAAGGCUGCCGAGAUCAUCGAGCACGACUUCUUCCUUCUCGGAGCCACCGCUAUCGAGGACCGGCUGCAAGACGGCGUGCCCGAGACCAUCCAUACACUUCAGGAGGCUGGAAUCAAGGUCUGGGUUCUGACUGGCGACAGACAAGAAACAGCCAUCAAUAUCGGUAUGAGCUGUAAGCUCCUCAGUGAGGACAUGAUGCUCCUUAUUGUGAACGAGGAGAACGCAGCCGCGACACGGGACAACAUACAGAAGAAAAUUGAUGCGAUUAAAAACCAGGGCGACGCUACUAUCGAGAUGGAGACCCUCGCGCUUAUUAUUGAUGGAAAGUCGUUGACGUACGCGCUGGAGAAGGAUCUGGAAAAGCUCUUUCUCGAUCUCGCCGUCAUGUGCAAGGCUGUUAUUUGCUGCCGUGUUUCACCCCUACAAAAGGCAAUGGUGGUCAAGCUGGUCAAGAAGUAUCAAAAACAGUCGAUUCUUCUCGCCAUCGGUGACGGAGCAAACGAUGUCUCGAUGAUCCAGGCAGCCCACAUCGGCAUUGGCAUCAGCGGCGUGGAGGGUCUUCAGGCCGCGCGUUCCGCAGAUGUUUCCAUUGCUCAGUUCCGCUUCCUCCGCAAGCUGCUUCUUGUGCACGGUGCGUGGAGCUACCACAGGAUCGCUAAAACCAUUCUCUUCUCCUUUUACAAGAACAUCACGCUCUAUCUCACGCAGUUUUGGUACGUCUUCCAAAACGUCUUCUCAGGCGAAGUGAUAUACGAGUCUUGGACGCUGUCCUUCUACAACGUCUUUUACACCGUCCUGCCGCCCCUGGUGCUCGGUAUCCUCGACCAAUUCGUCUCGGCGCGCCUUUUGGACAGGUACCCACAGCUCUACACACUCGGCCAGCAAAACAAGUUCUUCAGGGGCCGCGUCUUUACCGCAUGGAUCCUCACGGCCAUAUACCACUCCAUCAUUCUCUACGUGGGCGCGUCUCUGUUCUGGAUCUAUGACGGCGUGCAGGGCGACAGCUACCCGGCAGGGAAAUGGCUCUGGGGCACGGCCAUGUACGGGGCGGUGCUGCUGACGGUGCUCGGGAAGGCGUCGCUCGUGACCAACAACUGGACCAAGUACCACGUCAUCGCCAUACCGGGCUCCAUGGCCAUCUGGAUCGUCUUUGUGGCCGUGUACGGCACCGUGGCGCCCAAGCUCAAUUUCUCUACCGAGUACUUUGGCGUCGUCCCUCGCAUGUUCUCGAGCCCCCAGUUCUGGCUUCAGAUGCCAACCCUCGCCAUCCUCUGCUUGGCCAGGGACUUUGCGUGGAAGUUUAGCAAGCGGCUGUGGAGGCCCGAGGCGUACCACCAUGUGCAGGAGAUUCAGAAGUAUAACAUUCAGGAUUACAGGCCUCGCAUGGAACAAUUCCAAAAGGCGAUCCGCAAGGUCAGGCAGGUGCAGCGCAUGCGCAAGCAGCGCGGAUACGCCUUCUCGCAGGCCGACGAGUCCCAGACGAGAGUCCUCCAGGCCUACGACACGACGCAGCAUCGGGGGCGGUACGGCGAGAUGGCGAGUUCGAGGCCGCAUUGAUUGUUGGUAUCGUUCUUGGGGGUGUGAGGUUAUCUUCUUCUCAGUAUCGCGUUGAUUUACUCUUCGAUGUCUUUAAUGAAUGAUUGCUGAGUGAUUUGGGGCGGGGGGUGCGAUGGAUAUAAAGGGGUUUGUAUGUAUGGAUGGCAUGAAGUCUACGCCGGGGUAGAUGGAAAAAGGGGGUGUUGUGUUACUGUACAAAAACUUGAUGCUCUCGCUCUGCUGUUGUUCGUCAGCUGUGGCUGGGCGUAUAUCCAUACUCAUUUUACCCCUUACUUGCUGUGCGGCUUCGAUGUGUAUGCAGUUAGGGAUCGCGAGUGUCUUUGUACGAUAUGUACAGUACAAUACAAUGCAAUAUACAGUGCCGUCGUU